AGAUCCAUCAGUGAAGAGAACCAUGUGUAAGAAGUGUAGCUCGUUGCUGAUCCCAGGUGUUACAGCUACAUGCAGACAGCACAGAAAAGGCAGGAGGACUGGCUUCACUGUGCUGAGGUGUCUGAGCUGUGGUCACUGCAGGACUCUGCUGAAUGACCCAGCUCACAGUCUGUGGGUGGACCGGCCCGAGGCCCAGCAGGACCACCAGCAGCAGCAGCAGCAGCAGCAGCCAGAUCCAAAGCUUUCAGCUAAAAAUCAGCCGAAGAAGUGUGAGUCCUGUAAGCUUCCUGUGGCUCCGCCUGCUGCCAGCACCUAACAGCUUCUCUGCUCAGCUUCUUCCAUCAAACAUUUCCUCUGAACCAUCACUGACCUGCUCUCUCUUCAUCUGGAAAACUUGGAUCUAAAUGAGCUGAAGAUGACAAGUUGUUUUUGAAAAAGUGAAAGUUUAUUGUUUUUAAAGGUGAUACAAACAGAUCUAAUAAAAAGACUUCACUUUGUUUUA